AUGCUGUCGGCGCCUGCGCCUUCGCGAACAAGGGCGCCUGCGUCUGCGCAAAAUUGCAGCCAAUUAGACAUAACAAAAACUGACAAACACCGACGUCUAAACAAAAAGUGCAAAGUCCACUUUUCCACGUGCCACCCUGGCAGACUCGAGGGCUCCUGGAAAUACCCGCCAGCGGCCCUCUCUGGUCACAGCUCCACUGCCUUUCUCCCACGAGAAGAAGAGCUCCAGACGUGCAGAGAAAGGGAACGAGCCGGGCAGUGGACGCCGCUAGGCCGCCGCCCAGGCUCUGCGUUGCGGGGCUGCACCGCGCCCACGCCACCAUUUAGUAAGAGGUCGGCGGGCGCAGAGCCCUGGAGCUAUGUCUCCCACCGCCGCAGCCCUGAGACGCCUUUCCCUUCCGGGAGGCUUUCAAGUGUGUGCUCCGCCACCUCCCAGGCCUGCCGGCCGUCGCUGAGCCUUUGUUCCCGGGGUCGCCUGGUUCCCAGGCUCGGGCUGCGGAGAGAAGAGGACGCCAGCGGGCCCAUCCCCUCCGGGCGUCCUCCACGCACGUGUCUGAGCCUGGGCGCCAGCGCCGCGCCCGCCCUGCAGAGCCCGGGGGCCGCGCGGGCCGCCUCUUCCCUCCGUGGCGGGCCCCGUGUGACUGUCGCCCCGCAAGGCUCUGUGAACCGUUCCCACACCGCCAUCACAGCGCAGGGCCGAGGCCGGGGAGAGGCGGCCGGGUUUGCGGCUGGAACGUGUACCCUGGUCGGCUCCAAGUAAAGCGAGCCUUUCUCCAGGUGGAGUCCCAACCAGAGGCUGCACCUGCCGGGGAGACCGCAGAGCGCAUGCUCAACCUUCGCUCCUCCUCAGGG